CAUACUUCCUCCCUCCUUCCCUUCUUCACUAUAAAUUCUCACCUUCCCCUCCUUCUCCCUCACCAAAUUUUCAUUUCCUUCUCCCAAUCUACCAACAUUUUACUUCCAAUUCUUACUCAUUUCUAAACACUAUGAUCUCUUCAAUUAAGAACACUCCAUCUCCAUGUUUUGCUUCUCCAGAUUUCUUGCCCAAGAAACGUUUUUUACCCACAAGACUAAAUUUUUCUCCACUACCAAUCAUCCAAAAUUCCACCUUUAACAACUCCUUCUCUGCAGACAAACCUCUUCACAUUUCUUCUACUGACAACUUCACAUUUUCACCAAAACAGCUCAAAACGCAGUGCAAUGCUUAUGAAGCAGACAGGUCUCGCCCUCUGGACUUGAACAUCGAGGUUCUUGAAGAGCAGACUCGAUUUGAGGCUUCCCACAAAAUCAAGAUUGGCAUUUACUUCGCUGCUUGGUGGGCGUUGAAUGUGGUCUUCAAUAUUUAUAACAAGAAAGUGUUGAAUGCGUUUCCUUAUCCUUGGCUUACUUCUACGCUUUCCCUGGCCUGUGGCUCUCUCAUGAUGUUGAUUUCUUGGGCUACCAGGAUUGCUGACGCCCCUAAAACUGAUCUCGACUUUUGGAAGACUCUAUUUCCCGUUGCAGUGGCCCAUACAAUUGGGCAUGUAGCAGCAACGGUGAGUAUGUCGAAAGUUGCAGUUUCAUUCACCCAUAUCAUCAAGAGUGGUGAGCCUGCUUUCAGUGUUUUGGUUUCAAGGUUCUUAUUGGGUGAGGCGUUUCCUUUGGCGGUUUAUGCGUCACUUUUGCCCAUUAUUGGAGGCUGUGCGCUUGCAGCUGUCACAGAGCUCAAUUUUAACUUGACAGGAUUUAUGGGAGCUAUGAUAUCGAAUUUGGCAUUCGUGUUUCGUAACAUCUUCUCAAAGAAAGGGAUGAAGGGAAACUCAGUUAGUGGAAUGAACUACUAUGCUUGUUUAUCCAUGAUGUCUCUUUUGAUUCUCACACCAUUUGCACUUGCUGUGGAGGGCCCUCAUAUGUGGGCUGUUGGCUGGCAAACUGCUCUUGCUCAAAUCGGACCAAAUUUCGUUUGGUGGGUAGCGGCUCAGAGCAUCUUCUAUCACUUGUAUAAUCAGGUUUCAUAUAUGUCACUGGAUCAGAUAUCACCCUUGACAUUCAGCAUUGGAAACACAAUGAAGCGAAUAUCCGUGAUAGUAUCCUCCAUCAUCAUUUUCCAUACGCCUGUCCGACCCAUCAAUGCUCUUGGAGCUGCCAUCGCAAUUCUUGGCACCUUCCUCUAUUCACAGGCGAAAAUGUGAAGAACUGGAGAGUUGAGGUGGAAUCAUCGAUAAUGAAGUUUGAUUGAUUUAUAAUGUUGAGCUCAAGUGGACUGAACGAUGGUUCCUCUAGUGAUUAGGGAGAAGGCAUUUUUUGCAGUAGAUAAGAAUAAUGUGAUGAGCCCUAGAAAUCUUAAUCCAAUGUAUUAAUUUCUUCAAAUAUAUUUAUAAAUAUGUAAAAAUUAGAAAAUGCACUUCAUUUCUUGAUAAUUCCAUGUUUUAGCAAAUCAUAUGAUUAAAAAAAUA